AUGCGUAAAGAAACAACUGCUAAACAACUGCUGAAGCUGUAUCAACAGGCUGUUGCGGCCCGUCAGCGUAUCAAAAUGCGGUAUACCUCUGAAGAACAUGAGGCUGCCACGCGAGCCAUGCAAAAGUUGGAAACUUUCGACAACUAUGGUCAAGUGUCAUGCAGGUACAUGUGCCAAAAGAUCAUCAUUUCUCUGCCCCCAGAGUUGUGUGACAUGAUCAUUGAACGCGUCAUAGGCCACGAUCAUGUGGGCGUGGUGGCGACAGGGACUUGUGAGCCCAUCUACGCUCACACAUGGCGUCAUCAAGUCGUACAUUACUGGAAAGUCGAGUAUGUUGGAAAGGCCAUGUUGGCGAGAAUGAUGGCCGUCUGGUACCGCAUGAACAGCUUCAUAAUACAGUGGAACCUCGUGGACAAGAGGCGGUUUCUUAACGAAGAUGCCCCUUGUGUAUAUACUCCGCGUUAUAAGCUGAUAUCCAAAAUCUGUAUCACCGUAUCUCCAGAUUUCCUGGCGUUCGACCCGAAGAAAGACCCGAAGAAAGAACUGCACGGCUUCUAUCGGAUGUAUCCGCGUCGAAACUGGGAACAAGAAAUUCGAGACCUCGAGCUACUGUUUCAGUUACGAAGUGGCGCAUCGAUACAUAUCUUUCUUGACUACAUGGAUCCCCAGGCGGUACUCAAAGAUGGCCAAAAUGCUCUCCUCUUAGGGGGUACCGCCCCUAUGAUUGAGUCUUUGUGUCGGCUAAGAAAGGCUGGCUACGUUAUUGGUGCCAGCGUUGUCUUCCAAGGAAAAUACCACGGCUUGGAACUACGCGACAUCAUUGCUCGGCAUCUUUUGACCGAAAGCUCAGUCACUCUCCUCUCCAGCGAAGAUGACAAGAUCUCUUUUGUCAACGGUCUCUCGACUCUACGACACGCUUUCGAGGAGGAAUAUACUGGUAUCGGACUGCACAUGGACAUUAUAAGUGAGCUGAUAAAUCAAAACGCCCGCUUCGACUUUCGCGCUCGACACGAGCUACUGGGCAAGGUCUUCAAGCACUUUGCAGUCGACGAGCGCAGAAACCUCGAUAUUCCUCCCAAGAUGAGGAGACUGAGUUUGGUGGUGACAGAGCGUCAUUUGGAAGUUCGUGAAGUCGUCCUCGCUCAUCUAGAGUACCUGUGCAAAUUCAGUAAAGGCGCCAACAUCUCCUUUGUCGUCGAGAUGGGCCACAGUACGAAGGCUCAGACGGUCCGUCAGGUCCGACGAGUCCUACGUGUGCUCUUCGAACUGCUGAAGCGCCUACACAAACUCGGCAUUCACGUUCAUGUCGUCGUCAAUCCGGCUUAUUUUGUUUCGCAGAUCAAGAAUGAUAGCGAUGAUACCUUCUCGGUCGUACAUGAAGUUCCUUAG